AUCUUCGCCUUCCGCCUCUCUCCUCUCUCCUCUCUCCUCUCAGAGUCGCAGCAGCGGUAGCAGAAGAGCAGAUGGAGGGAAGCGAGAGCGAGGCGGUGUUCGAGGCCUUCAAUCUCAACCCCCAGCGUUUCAUCAACGAAGUCCUCAACUCCGUCGAUGACAUGCUCGACGGCGCCUUCGAUUUCUUCCUCCAGCAAGCGACCGUAAAUACGGGUGGGGGCACCGAGAUGACGGAGGAAUUAGCCCGGGGUGUUUCUUCCCUUCGUCACUUGACACAAGCAGUUUUGGACAAGAGAAUGGCCAUGUGGGAGAAGUACUGCCUUCGACAUUGUUUUGCUGUUCCAGAGCGAUUUGUUUUGCCUAAAGCUAAAGAAUCUUCUGGAGAUAGUUUAUUGAUUCAAGAAGGGUUAUCUGAUCCAGAGCUUGACACUCAAUUAGAAUCUUUGAGAGAGAAGGUUGCAGCUGCUGGAAAGAAAUCUGCAGAGUUGCAUGCAGAGAUGACCUCAUUGGAGAAGCAGUCUACUCUUAGCUGUAGCUAUGAUGCAUCUGUUGCUGAGGCACUGCAGGUGUUUGAGGAUAACUCUGUGCAUGAUAUGUUUCAAGAGAUAGGGAAAACAGCAUCAGAACUGCAUCAUAAAAUGGCACAAGUGAAGAUGAAGAGGAGGGAAGCUAUGGAGCAAGCAAAGGUUGGGAAGAUAUAUAAUUCCAGCAGAGAACAGCCCAUGUUGCAUGACACAGGGCUUUCUGCAAGGCUCGAAGAUAUUGAAGAAGUUUUAAGCAUUUUAAGGAGCAAAUGAUCGUGAAUAGCGGGGCUGUAUCAUAAAGCAUGGCUUUCUAUGUGUUGUGUUCGCAUGUCUGCUGGUGUGAUUAAUGCAUGUUAUGUUGUUUGUAUAGCAAUAUUAUUGCGUCUUUGGGGAGCAUGGUGUUUGUAUUUCUGGUGGUUUGAUCAUGUAUUGCUGACAUACUUGUAAUAUUACGACAGCUGUAAUUAAGAAAGUUUUUCUUUUCUUCUCUUGCUAUAUUUGAGAGAAACUAA